AUGGCUCCACGAGCGUCGGUGAAGGCUCGCGAUUUCGACUACUCAAAUGUUGGAAAAGCCGGAAGACCGUCGGGAACCCAACUAACUGUCAACAGACGCACGGGUAUCACACUGGCGGAAGGCAAGCGGGACGAACAUGGAAUGGAGGAGGUCGACGGAAUAUUUUCAUCACCAGAGAAAUCACCCCUCGGCGAUAACGGGCUUGAUACUAGCGAGUCGAUAGGCUCCGACAUGUCUAUGGACGAGGGCAACGGCCCCGGCCCUGCUGACUUUCUCAGCGGUACCAACGGAACACGCACACCUCGCUUCCCUCCGCCCGUCCCAAGAUCACCGUCAAAGUCCGGGAUUACCGGGUCUCCGCGCAGGACCCCUGGCCUGCGGUCCUCUCAAAGCCCACAGCGCCAUCUCCCAUCAUCUAGCCCAUCUGACGGCAGAAGCGUGAGAAGAGAUUCACGGCGAGAAGUAUCGCCUCUAACCGACCGUUCCGUUAACGCUACGCCAUCACUGGAGCACUCACAUGCCGCGCGCACCAAGGGUUCGAGGAAGGCAGAGAAACCGGCACGGAUCGACGUUUCCGAUAGCGAAGCAAACGGCGACGAGAAUGGAGACUCAAUGGAUCAAGACGGUUUUGUGGGUAGUUAUAUUAAUGGUGAUGAUACAACGCUGGGAAAUGACCCCGAGGAAGUCGAGGACAAUAGCGCCGAAGAGAGACCAGUUCAGAGUCCUCCGUCCAACAAACGCAAAGGGCCAAGAAAGGGACGUAAGCCAUUAACAGCCGCGAAAAGCAGGCAAACCCUCACAGCGCAAGACGCAUCAGAGGAACAAGAGACAACACAGAAACGAAAGCGCGCCGGGCGGCCGCCCAAAUCGCAAAACCAACCCACAGACGAUAUCGAAGAGCGAAGACCACAGAAAAAGGCCAAGACAACAGUGCCAGAACGUCGUGUUUCAGGCCCCUCAGGUGAUCCCGAGUUGGAUAAAAUGGUUGAAAACUAUGUCAACCGGACUGGACCGCUCAAGGGACGAAGCCUCUAUAUUCUUAAACGCGAGAAUCCAGCGGACCCAUCUGCGACGCACACCCGAUCAGGACGUGUGUCUGUCAGACCGCUGGCCUACUGGAAGAACGAGCGGUGUGUGUACGGUGACGAAGAGGCAGCAGAAGGACAGCGAUUUCCCCUUUCAAAGAUCAAAGAGAUUAUUCGAACCGAAGAGCUGGAACCGGAGAAGAGGAAGAGGCGAAAAACGAAGAAGUCGAAAUCAAAGAAGAGCAAGGAUGGUAGCGAUUCCGAGGAUGACCAAUACCGAGAUCCUUACGAGGAGAAGGGAGGUGUUUUACAUGGUUAUAUCAGAAAAUGGGACAAUGAGACACAGACAGCUCUAGACGAGGAGGAAGUUUUAGAUAUCGCGUACGCCCCGUCUGGUAUCGAGACUCGAGAUGUCAAGGGCGCAUCAUUCAGGUUCGCCAAGCUUCUGAGUUCACCAUUCAUCGGCUCAGGCAUCGUUGAACUACCCCCCGGCGGAGUCAAGAAGCCAAAGAACGCGAAGAAAAUGCAUAUGAUAUUCUACGUUGUCAACGGGCGAGUUCUAGUGGACAUCUCAGGCGUCCAAUUUAGUGCUGGCAAGGGAUGCGUCUUUCAGGUUCCCCGUGGUCAGUAUUAG